AUCCACUCACGAUAAAAGCAAUGCCAUAAAAGUAAAGAGACUAACGGCAGCACCAUUUGUUCACCGUCCGCGCGAUAAUAAUGCCCAAUCUACUGACUCACAACGGUCCGAUAUUGAGGCGGCGAGCGAUGCAUGUGAAUGCUAAAUACUGUCAUACCUUAUCUCUCCCAAAUGAAUAACGGCAACAACAACAACGAAAACAACAACGAGAACAACGACAUUGGCAGAUAAGAGAUAGUAUGAACUGCAAAAAACGACGUUGUCGAUUUAAUUGUGUUUGGUUAUUGGCAAGGAAUUGAGAAAUGUCUGUCGACGCGAGCGCACGCACCACAGCCAGGCAGCGCCUGGAAUCGCAAUCCUCCUCCAACAACGAGAACAACAACAAUAACAGCAGCAGCAGCAAUAACAACAACAACAGCAAUAAAAAUGUCAACAGCAGCAGCAACAACAAUAGCACCAGAUCAUCGCAAAAAAUGCGAAAGCGUGGGCGGGGAGGAAAACAUCACGGUCAAAAUCACGCGACUGUUGAGAGCGACAUGAUGAUGGGCUGGCUACAAAAAUGGACAAACUAUGUCAAGGGCUAUCAGCGUCGCUGGUUUGUGCUCUCCUCGAAUGGUGUGCUCAGCUACUAUCUUGAUCAAUCUGAGGUCGACAAUCAUCAGUCAUCUCGGGGUGCCAUUUCUGUGAAAUCAGCGCACAUUGAACACGUGGACUCUUGCACCUUUAUCAUUUCCAUUCAUGGCAGCAAGCAGAAUUUUCGCAUCCGGGCGGAGACAGAAGCAGAGCAACAAAAAUGGAUUACGUCACUCGAACGGGCAAAGGGCGAAGUAACUCAAAGUGUUGUGAAAGCAGCUCCAGCAGUCGAAGCCAAGCAACAAGUGGUUGCAACCAGAAGUCGACGGACGCGUGUCCCUGAUAAGGCCAACUAUCCGCUCAAUCUGUGGUCACUGAUGAAGAACUGCAUCGGCAAGGAUCUGUCCAAGAUACCCAUGCCAGUUAACUUUAACGAGCCGAUCUCCAUGUUGCAGCGCCUGGUCGAGGAUUAUGAGUACUCGGAAAUACUGGACACUGCAGCCGCCUGCACGGAUGAGUGCGAACAGCUAGCUCACCUAGCUGCCUUCACAGUUUCCGCCUAUGCAACGGCAGCAAGUCGGAUUAAUAAACCAUUUAACCCACUCCUGGGAGAGACCUAUGAGUGCGAUCGCACCGAUGAUCUCGGGUGGCGCUGCGUAGCCGAGCAGGUGUCGCAUCAUCCGCCCAUUGCUGCGGUCCACUGCGAAGGCAGGGAUUGGAUCACCUGGCAAGAGUUCUCCAUGACGAGCAAGUUUCGUGGCAGUUACCUGCAGGUUAAUCCCAUUGGUGGCGCUUAUUUGGCGUAUCCCAGUAGCGGACGUCGCUAUUCCUGGCGCCGGGUGACAACCACUGUCAACAACAUUAUUAUAGGCAAACUUUGGGUUGAUUUGGAGGGUCAGAUGGAGAUCGUUGGCAGCAAUGCAGCUCAAGGCUACAGAUGUGUCCUGAACUACAUACCCUAUUCGUACUUUGGACGAGAGGUGCAGCGUAGUGUAAAGGGAGUCGUCUACAAUCGAAAUAACGAGGCCAAGUGGGUGGUGCGCGGCACCUGGGAUGACAAAGUCGAGAUUGCGCCCGUGCUGCAAACUAGUGGCACACCCAAAAGUCCCAGCUACACCACUGGCAACUACAAAGUUGCCUGGCAGCGGCGUCCAGAGGCACCAGACGCGGCCAAGUACUACAACUUUCCACAGUUCGCGUGUCAGCUAAAUGAACCGGAGGAGCGUGUGGCACCCACUGAUUCCCGGCUGCGACCAGAUCAGCGUCUAAUGGAGGACGGCGAUUGGGACCGGAGCAAUGAGGAAAAGCUGCGGCUGGAGGAGAAGCAGCGGGCAGUGAGGAAACAGCGUGAGAUCAAAGAGAAACAUGCAGCCGCCAAGGGGCAAUCCUAUCCAGAUUAUGAGCCCAGGUGGUUUAAGCGCCAGCAAAUAGAUGGUAGCAAGGAAUUCAUGCAUGUGUCCACGGGCAGAUAUUGGAAGGCCAAAGCGGAUCAAGACUGGAGCGGCUGUCCGAAUAUAUACUGAACUGAAACAGCUGCCAAUGAAUUCAAUCAAAUACAACCAAAAGUAAUUUUUAAUCAGGUUUUUGUGCUUUAAACAAAGAACUCAAUUGAGUUCAUUGUUCCUUUCGCCAAAAGAAAAUAUACAACAAAUCAGGUGAUGAGCCAUGCAAUGAGAAAUGUUAUAAAUUUACGCAAGUUAUUCGUAAAGUAUUAUAUAUAUAUAUAUAUAUAUAUAUAUAUGUAUAUAUAUAUAUAUUGUUAAAUAAAGCAGCAAAUGUUGUACUGUUAAAGUGCCAGCAAAUUACUUGUAGAGUCAUUCUACACUGCAAAAACAGUAAUGUGAUAAGUGGAGCGAGAGGCGUAUUAACAAAAGGGGGUGCAGCCUGUUUUCUUUUCUUUUGUUUGCCCUUCUUUUAGCCAGGCUAUAAUAUACAGUUAAUUGUCCGGUUAAUUGAGGUUAGAUUGUAUUUUUAAUGAUAUUAUUGAUUAAAAAAAUCAUUUAAUAACCUGA